AUGCCUGCCCGGGCGCCCGCUGAGACCUUGGUGGCCCAGUGUGCAGGGUCCAGGUACAACGGGUCCAAACUCAGGCCCAAGGUCAAGUCAUCAGCUGCCUCGGAGUACAGAGCAGAACCCACCAUGAACGAAAAUAUCGGCAAUGUCAUCAUGACUCCACUCGAGCCAAUUCGAAAUGGCCUCGUGUGUCUCACCGCUGUCACCUUCUUACUUGAGCCGGUCCUCGCGCCAGAUCUGACCACCCUUGCUGGUCUGGGCAUAAUACGGGUAUACGGGACAGGAGACGGGACAGGGAACGGGACAGGGAAUAGAGUCAAGGCUGGCAACAUCACUCUUAUCGCUGGCUUUGGUCUAGGCUUUCUCGUCCUGAGCCAUGUGUUGGCAUAUCUGAGGUCACCGUUGAAGGAUAUCCCAGGCCCGCUUCUGGCCAAAUUUACCAAUGUGUGGCGCCUCAUCGACCACUACAAUGCCACCCAGAUCAGCACUCAGCGGCGGCUUCACGAGAAGCUGGGUCCUGCUGUCCGCAUUGGACCUAAUGUUGUUAGUCUGAGCGACCCUAAGCUGCUUAAGACCGUGUACUCUACUCGUGGUGAUUAUCUCAAGAGUGACUUCUACACUGUCAACGACGCUGUGCAAGAUGGUCAAGUCAUCCAGAAUGUCUUUGGCACUCGGAGCAACUCCUUUCAUAGCAGAUACAUGAGGCCGAUCCAGAAACUGUACUCAAUGAACAGCAUGCUCUCUAUGGAGGGUUUGGUGGACAAAACCAUCAGAUCGCUAUGUGGGCAGAUCGAAAAUCGCUUCAUUGAUGGUAAAAAUGCGGGCAAGACUUGCGAUAUUGCCGACUGGGUCAGCUUCUACACGUGGGAUGCCGUGGGUGAGUUGACAUUUAGCAAGGACUUUGGCUUCCUCAGAGGCGGCUGUGAUCAGAUGCAACUGAUCCAGACAGCUGAAAGCGUCAUGCAUUACUUUGGGAUUGUCGGCCAGAUGCCCAUACUGGACAAAUUCAUGGGCAAAAAUCCUUGGUUUGCGACGACAAGAAGUCCCAUAAAGUUCCCCAAUUUCGGGAGGGCCGCUGGGUUCUGCUUCGAGCAGCUCACAGAGCGCUUGUCUAACUACGACGUGGAGAAAGAGGGAGGUCGCCAAGAUUUCCUGCGGGAAUUCCUAAAGAUUAAAGAAGAGAACCCAGAUAUUAUCAGCAAUAAUGAGGUACUGGGUUAUCUUCUACUAAAUAUUCUCGCUGGAGCGGACACAACAGCCAUCGUGCAAAAGGGUAUUAUAUACCAUCUCCUCAGAAACCCGGUGGCCAAGGUCAAGCUCCGGGACGAGCUUGAUGCUGCAGCCAUUUCUUUCCCGGCAUCAUUCGCUGAGACCAGAAGCCUCCCGUACCUCGACGCCGUCAUCAAAGAGGGCCUGCGCAUACAUCCUCCAGUUGGAAACAUAUUGGAGCGCAUUGUCCCAACUUCAGGUCUGACGCUCGGUGACGGACGUGUGAUAGCACCGGGAACGAUUGUUGGCAUGAACCAGUGGGUUAUAUCGCGAAACAAGGAGAUUUAUGGCGACGAUGUUGAGGCUUUCCGGCCAGAAAGGUGGCUACGUGGAAAUAACGAGACAAGUGUGGCGUAUGAGGCACGUCUGAAGACUAUGAAGGAAGCAGACUUGUCAUUCGGAGGCGGUAACAGAAUAUGCACAGGAAGGUACAUGGCGACUUGCGAGUUGUUCAAGGUCACGGCAACGUUGUUCAGCUUGUAUGAUAUUGAACUCGAAGACCUUAGCACGGAUUGGACGGUGCGCUUAUGGUGGUUUGUCUUUACCGACGAUAUACGGGUAAAAAUAUCACGACGUGCAGAUGAUAUACAUAAGCUGAUGGCGCGAGAUCGCGACGAAAACUGA